CUGUUGCUCCGAAACUCCAAGCUCUCAUCAAUGGCGGAUCCAGCGAUUAACUCACCAGAUCCGCUGUUGAAAGACGAGCUUGACAUCGUGAUUCCCACCAUUCGGAACUUGGAUUUCUUGGAGAUGUGGAGACCAUUUUUCCAGCCUUACCAUCUCAUCAUAGUCCAAGACGGCGAUCCUUCGAAGACCAUCAGAGUCCCCCAAGGAUUCGAUUAUGAGCUUUACAACAGGAACGACAUCAACAGGAUUCUGGGUCCUAAAGCUUAUUGUAUCUCCUUCAAGGAUUCUGCUUGUAGGUGCUUCGGCUACAUGGUUUCCAAAAAGAAGUACAUCUAUACCAUCGACGAUGAUUGCUUCGUUGCUAAAGAUCGAUCUGGAAAUGACAUUAAUGCAUUGGAGCAGCACAUGAAGAACCUCUUGAGUCCUUCCACUCCAUUUUUCUUCAACACCCUUUACGAUCCGUACCAGUCCGGUGCGGAUUUUGUUCGCGGGUACCCGUUCAGCCUCCGGGAGGGUGUUCCCACUGCCGUGUCUCACGGUCUCUGGCUCAACAUCCCGGAUUAUGAUGCGCCAACUCAGCUUGUCAAGCCUCUUGAGAGGAACACAAGGUAUGUCGAUGCUGUUAUGACGAUACCAAAGGGAACCAUCUUUCCCAUGUGUGGUAUGAACCUCGCAUUCAAUCGGGAAUUGAUCGGUCCGGCAAUGUACUUCGGACUCAUGGGUGACGGCCAGCCUAUCGGACGAUACGAUGAUAUGUGGGCCGGCUGGUGCACUAAGGUUAUUUGUGAUCAUCUCGGAUGGGGAGUGAAGACCGGAUUGCCAUACAUUUGGCACAGCAAAGCGAGCAACCCGUUCGUGAACCUUAAGAAAGAAUACAAAGGGAUUUACUGGCAAGAAGAGUUGAUCCCGUUCUUCCAAUCGGUCACCCUCCCGAAGGAUUGCACCAGCGUUCAAAAAUGCUACGUCGAACUCGCCAAGCAGGUGAAGGAGAAGCUCGGCAAGGUCGACGACUACUUCGACAAGCUCGCAGAUGCUAUGCUGACAUGGAUUGAAGCAUGGGAUGAACUCAACCCAUCGGGUGCAACCAAAUCUGCCGAGUUGCCUAAUGGUGCUUCGAAAUAAACUCUCCUCACCUAGAACAGCUAGCGUUCCGUUCAGCCGACGUACGUCGUCGGCUCGCAUCGCAAUGCUUCCGGCUUGUAUCGUAACGCCGAUCAUACAUUUUUGUCCGAGCUCUUGCAUUAGAGCUUUUGAAUUAUUAUUUUGCAGGGUUUAUAUGUAUAUUGAUUUACCAUAUUACCGAGUUUAGAAAUCGAUGGUCUGUCUUUUGUUUU